AACAUGUACACUGCAGUUGGGUGGUGUUAACAUGUCUGCAUCACUAUUAUAGUCUAUAAAACAUAUACUGUACUCUGCAGAUGGGUGAAGUACAUCUGGAUGAUGGAGUUUGCACAGACACAUGUAGGUCGUGGCAUUGAUGACUGCUCGGCCGACCUCCAGGUUCCUGUGUUCUUCGGCUUCCUGAUUGAGUGUGUCCUCACCUGUGCCUGCCGAAUCGUCUCCCGAGCUCUUGGUGAAAUUGAACCCAAGUUUGCCUCUGCUAUUGACUCCUUCUUUGCAACCUCCAUGGUGGUGCUGGCUUUCAACUACUCAGGCGGUUACUUCAAUCCAGUGCUGGCAACUGGCCUCAAGUGGAACUGCCGCGGCCACACCAACACUGAGCACAUCAUCGUGUACUGGGCUGGCUCAAUCCUGGGUGCCAUGCUGUCCAUCAAACUCUGGAAUCUGGCCACUGUUAAGAAUGUUCUCGUUGGUCCUUUCAAGCCCAAGGAAGACUAAAUAAAUCUGAAGGAAACAAAAAAGGAAGAAUGACUCGUACUCCUCAAGGGACAAUAUGUCACCACAAUACAUGUUCCAAGUAAACACAAAAACAUUACAGUGCAGUAUACAGUACAGUAUUAUAUUUACUAAACACACCUUGCAUCAUGAUGGGUUAGUGUGUGUGUGUGUGUGUGUGUGUGUGUGUGUGUGUGUGUGUGUGUGUGUGUGUGAAAGAAAUAAAGUCAGAUAAUGCUACACCUCCCCACCACAGCAUAGAGUGUUGGCACCAUUGUCAGAAUUAUGUACAGUAUGUAAGAAAUGAACUAACAUAAGGUGCUAUUAGUAUUUAAUAACACCUUGGUCCUUGUUAUCACGUUUUACUUGUAGUAUUGAUGCCCCCUCACCUCACACUGAAGGUGAUUAUGACUUAUAGCAGUGAAUACCAUAGGUAGUUGGAGGAUUGUAUGAAUUGUCAACCCAAAUAUUACAGGUAGCUACACUAUAUAGUAAAUUUUGAAGUCUAAUUAUGGUAAAAGUCUGCUUAUUUUGGAGGUAAGUUUAGUAUAUGAACUAAUUAGGUUGAUGAUAGGUCCUUCUGUUAUAUGAAACAUUGUUAAAUUUAAUAAGUGCAAAUAUAAAUAUAAUGAGUUAUUUAUAAGGUUUUCUAUGACACAUACAAACACUUUGUCUGAUUCUAAAAACAACAUAAACUAGAGUAUUUCCCUCCAAUACGAGAUUGUGUAUAACGGUCAGAAAUAUUAACUCCUGUACAGUAUAAAUAUAAAUUUUGUAUUAGGUUCAUAUAGUGAUAAUUAUUAAACAAAACUCUUACUUUGUACAGUAUAAGACAAGUGUACAAAACUUUACAAAUUAGCAGACAAUAGGUAUGUGAGAUAAUGUGUAUAGUACCCAAGAUGUCCAGCAAGGUGGUACAUCAAUGCAGCAAAAUUGUAGAUUUAUGAACACUUGUGCUCAUAGGAGGUACAUUUAGAAGAGUGCCACUUGAUAUAGAGGAUUUCCGCACAGUUUAGUGGAGUGCCGCACAGUUUAGAGGAGUGCUGCACAGUUUAGUGGAGUGCUGCACAGUUUAGAGGAGUGCCGCACAGUUUAGAGGAGUGCCGCAUAGUGUAGAGGAGUGCAUCCAAUUAUGUAUCCAAAAUGAUACAGUCACACAGAACUACAGGGUGUUACAUAUUAUUAAGACCAAACGAGGUAGGGUUAGUGUCAGUGAGGAUUAGGAUAUAAAUUAUUAAUUUAUUGUUUUGAAAAUUCUCUAUUUCCUAACCUUAGCUCUAGUCAACCCUUACCUUAACACCCUAUUGGUAUAUGGUAGGUGAAAAAUUUCCCUUAUUUCUAAUCCUAACUGAUCACUAACCCUACCAUAUUUGGGUCCAUUUAUAUGGAACUUCAUGUGUAAUGAGGCAUGUUGUCUCCAUGUGCUUGAUGCUAUACUGUUAUGAGUGCCUCCAUGUAUUAGAUGUUGGCCUGUAUUGACGACACAGUGCCACCGGGAAUGACAUUUGCACAAUAAGUUAAUGUACAGCGGAGGAUAUAAGUAUGUUGUAUGUAUUUUUCUCUUUCUCCUUUUUUCUGUGUGUAUGAUUGUAUGUCUCAAGUUUGUGUAUUUGUUAUGAGUUAAUACCUUGGGUAAAUUUCUGAAUCUUUAUACCCUAAUGUUUUCAACCCUUGCUCAAAUAUGCUGCAGUUAACACUUACGGUAUAUUGUACACUGGUGCCUUUCAUAUGUGAUUAUAAUUUGUUCAAUAAUUUAAAAUAUGAUAGUUUUCUAUUAUAUAUAUUUUGUUGUUAACAUUUUCAACAUGUUACCCACUAUUUAUGUUUACACAUUAUACAGUAUACUGUACUGUAUAGUAAUAUCACCAUUAGCCAGAACUCUCCAAUGCCUGGAAUUGAAAUUGGCUUGGAAUUUAUCCAGAAAAGGUCUCUCAAUUCGGGGUAUGUGAAGGAGAUUCCUAAUUUGAAAAUAAGGUGGAUUUUCUGAGAAAAUUCUGGAAAAUCUCUCCAAAUUUAUUUUAAUGUACUCGGAAAAAUUCUGGGGGAUGUAGGAUUUUUCUGGGUUUGAGAGAGUUGUUUCAUUAUGAAAUCUCUCGUCCCUGGAAGAACCCUUGGCUCAAUUAUCCAGGCUAACGGGGAUAUCACUAUACAGGCGCUCCUCUACUUACGAACGAGUUAUGUUCCUGAGGCUCGUUUGUAAGUCCAACUUUACUCAUGUAGAUACCAAACAUAUUGUAAAAAAUGAAAAGAUUAUGGAUAUUUAGUACAGCUAUACCCUUUAAUAAAGCCUUAAAACCUGGCUCACUAUUCUCCUCUUAGGUAAUGUUUGUUCUAUCUGGAAUUUUCUUCAAAAUAAUCCAUUUUCAUUGACAUUAAACACCCGUUCUGGCAGGUAACCCCCCUCAGUGAUGAUGUUUGUAUCUCUGGAAGUUUGUAAGUUGAACGUUCUUAAGUAGAGGAGCACCUGUACUGUAUUGAUAUAAAAACAAGCUCCCCAAAAAAUGUUGUUAAAUUUUAUUGAGAAUAUUAAAAUGUAUAGAUACAAA